AUGGAUGGUAAUGAUCAGACUCAAGGUUUGCCCCAAAACGCUGAAGUGAAGGGUUUGACGGAAGGUGAAACAAUCCAGAUAGAUGAGCACACGACUGCUAAAAUGAAACUUGAAUAUGUUGAACCAUUGCUUAAAGAUGGUAAGAAGAUUGCUCUAGUUGAUAUUGAUGAAGUGAAAUGCCAAUCGGCUAAUUGGAGUUCUGCUGUCAUAUGUAUGGUUCUUGGGGCUAAUCCUCCAAUGGAUAUUUUUGAAGGGUUUAUCAAAAGGGUUUGGGGUCAUUUAGGGAUUGCUCAAAUAACCAGGAUGACAAUGGGUCUGACUAUGGUAAAGUUUAAUGAUGAUGCUACAAGGGAUCAUGUUUUGGAAACUGGUAUUCUUCAUUUUGAUAGGAAGCUAGUUAUAAUUCAACCAUGGACUACUGAUCUAAGUGCAAUUCGAAUGAUCUGUUCAGUGCCUCUUUGGAUUAGGUUACAAGAUCUAGGCCUUCAAUAUUGGGGUAGUAAAUGCCUUAGUGUUAGUAUGAUAGGUAAGCCGAUAAUGGUGGACAAAUUUACUCGAGAGCGUACAAGAGUUCAAUUUGCUAGGAUCAUGGUGGAGAUGGAAAUCACAGAUAAUCCUCCUAGGACAAUACAAUUUUUGAAUGAACAUGGUCAAUUAACAGAACAAGGGGUGGACUAUGAAUGGUUGCUAGUGAAAUGCAAAACUUGUGCGAGUUUUGGUCAUUCUAUGGUGGACUGCCGCAAGGAGAUGAAAAUUCAGGGGAUCAAGAAGGAUAAUCCUUCCAGGAAUCCUCCUGUGGUAGGGAGGGACAAGGAUGCAGAAGCAGGUUCUGAUAAUUCAUCUAGGAAUCCCCCUGUGGAAGAGUGGAAUAUGGAUGAGAAAGUAGAAUCUGUAAUGCCUAGGAAUGUUACUGAGGUUCCACCAGUUGCUAAUGGCCAUAAUGCUAGUGAUAACGGUUGGCAAUCACCUAAGAAAGUGGUGUAUAAACAUGGGACAACGAAGAGUAACAAGAAGAGAGCUAAUAAAGUGUCAAUUGAGUCAGGCCAAAAUCAGUCCAACUAUUCUGUGGUUCUCCAAGAACAGAUAGAGAGGGAGAAAGGAGGAUUAGGUGAAGCUAGCUCUUCUCAUGGAUAA